UUCACUGAGCCAUGUGUUAGCACAUAGCUAGCUGUGACGAGACUGUCGUUGUCCGUUUAAAAAAGAAAAAUGGCAACGAUUACAGUUCCUGAGAACGUUAGCGUCUUUCUGCUGGAUAUUGAAGGAACCACGACUCCUAUAACGUUUGUAAAGGAUAUUUUAUUUUCAUAUAUAAAAGACCACUUGGAAGAGUAUCUGGGUGCGCACUGGGAGGAGGAUGAGUGCAAGCAGGAUGUACAGCUCCUAAACAAACAGACAGAGGAAGACUUAAAGCAGAAUAGAGCAUGCCCAGUUCACGCUGUAGACCAGACGGUCCAUACGGAUGAAGAGAAGGCAAUCCGGGAGGUGGUGGAUAGCGUUCUGUGGCAGAUGGCCGCAGACAGAAAGACCACCGCUCUCAAGCAGCUGCAAGGCCACAUGUGGAGAUCAGCUUAUGCUUCAGGGAAGAUUAAAGGCGAAGUUUAUCAGGAUGUGGUUCCUGCUAUAAGAAGAUGGAGGCAAUGUGGUAUAAAAGUCUACAUUUAUUCUUCUGGAAGCAUAGAAGCCCAGAAGCUACUCUUUGGCUUUUCAAUUGAAGGAGACCUAUUAGAUCUAUUUGCUGGUCACUUUGACACCAACAUUGGUGCUAAAGUGGAGAGUAAAAGCUAUGAAAAGAUUGCACAGAGGAUCGGCUGCUCCCCAGAAGACAUUAUGUUCUUAACAGAUGUCACACGAGAAGCAAAAGCAGCAGAGGAUGCUGGGCUGAAUGUGGCCCUGGUUGUACGACCAGGUAACAUGGAGUUGACUGAAGAGGAGAGGAGCCAUUAUAGAACCAUCACAACAUUUAGCCAGUUGGAACUCACCAAAAGUGCUUAACAGAUAAGGACAGGACAGUGUCAGCAUUCCUCAAGUGGACUUUAGUAAAUGUAGGCUGACACUGGAUCCCAAAUUUGUAGCUUGUUACUUGUGGGGCUGGGGAGGGGAUGUGAUGCAGCAAGUGCCAAGUGCAUUGUAAUUGUACCUAAUUAAACUCCAGGUGCUUGCAUAUAUUUUUUUUGUUUGUUUUUGGGUUUUUUGUUUUUUUUUAACAAAACACAAUGGAGUUGGUUUAAAAUAUUGUUGGUCAGUUUGAAUGUUUACAAUGCUAUGAAACCGUAUUGAUGUGCAAGUGUAAAUUAAAUUAUUAAUUAUUCAUUCAUUUCCACUGUAAUUGUACCUCUUCCUCCAUCUAGUAAACAUGCAUUAACUCUCAAA